AUGAAGCCUCGAUUCAUUCUGCUUGCUGCCCAUCACGCAUUAGUUUAUCUGGCCUCAGCUACGGCGGCACCUCCCAUUGAUUCUCUGACCUCCUCCGACCUUGGCUCUAACGACGAGCUAUCUGCACUGUUCGAUGCCGAGGAAGAGCAAGCGGAGCUCAUCGCUUGUGGAAAUAUGACUGGAACGGCGUGCCCUCCAGAUGGCGAUGGCAGUGGCUAUUGCUGCUCAUCGGAUGUGACGGGGAGCUUUACUGCGGUAAAGGUUGUCAAAGGGAAUACGGGCAAGUUUGCAGAAGGACAACACUCGCACGAAGUGUCUAACGUUGCCACAGCAUAUGUGAUGUCGAAGAUGCCACAGACCAUCCUCCUAUUGUCAAGUACUGUGGUCCCAACUAUAAUGGACAACGUUGCAGCAGCGGAGAAUGUUGUUCUUCAGAUGGUUUAUGCGGCAUAUCCAACGACUUCUGUGGCGAAGGGUGCCAAGCAGCUUUUGGGACCUGUCUUCAAGGGAGUGGCUAUUCUUUGGCAGACUGUUUGCCUAGCUGACGUAGUGCAGGGAACCGGCGCCGAUUUCUGUUCUGUUCCUGGGAAUUGCCAAGAAGACUUUGGCAUUUGUGAUUCUGACACCACUCCGGCAGGGUACAAUAUGUCAGUGGAUCCAAGACGAGAAAAGGGCCAGAUCGAAUACGGACAAUUCAUCAGCAACUGCUACAUUCCCCGAACUAUUGCUCUUACAUACGACGACGGUCCAUCGGAGAACACCGAGGAACUGCUGAACAUUCUCGACGAAGCUGGUGCAAAGGCGACCUUCUUCAUUGCAGGGAAUAGCAACGGCAAGGGUCCCAUAGACACCACGUCCAAAUGGACCGAUGUGAUCAAACGUAUGGUCGAGGAUGGCCACCAAGUUGCUUCUCAUACCUGGUCUCAUCCGGACAUGGACGAGAUGGGCUCGCAAGAUCGCCGACUUGAUAUGGCCAAAAACGAAAGAGCUCUAGCCAAUAUCCUGGGCAAAUACCCAACAUACAUGCGGCCGCCUUACCUCCAUUGUAGCAAUCAGAGUGGUUGUCUGAGUGACAUGAGAGACCUUGGAUACCAUGUCAUUUCAUAUGCAUUUGACAGUGGCGACUGGAUGGACCCCAACAAUCUCACUGCAAUGACCGAGAGAGUUGACCGUGCCUUCCAGAGCACGGAUGUGCAAGAGGGCAGGAUGUUGCUGAUCCAGCACGAUACCAUUCGCAAUUCAGCCAUCAAUCUUACAAAACAUGUUCUAGACACGAUCUCCCAGAGAGGAUGGAAAGCUGUGACGGUCGGAGAAUGUCUCGCUGAUGAAUCUGAACGCUGGUAUCGGGAUCCUGCUUGGAUCAGCGUCGCCUCAAGAUCGAAGAGGGGCUGUGUUGUCUCAGGUAGAGAUUUCUGUGGGGAAGUACGGAGAUUCCACACCAAGGUCGAAUGCUUUAGAAGCAACACCCAAUGUGAGCAAGAUGCCUUAGAGUGCAUGAACUCUGGAAGGACGGACAAGAAGGACUGCGAAAAGCUGGAAACGAUCUGCAGCAUGCAGUUCCUCUUCUGCUCAACAUGCGGAGAACCAGAACCUCUUUGUGAUAUUGAGAACUUCAACGUCGACAAGCGAGCAUGA